AUGCUCAGCCUCCUCUCCCUUCCCAACGAGCUCCUGUGCAUGGUCUUCGCGCUCUUGGAUGGGCAAAAUGCCUUCUCGCUGUCCCACACAGCGAAAAGGCUUUAUUUCUUGCACGUCCCCGAUGCGUUUAGAUCGCUGACCGUCGACAUCCCCGAGAAGCCCCCUUCCACCGGCCUCCAAGUGCUGGCCUUGUCCGAAGUCCUAUCGACAAGCGGCCCCCUCCUCGAGCUCCGCCGCGGUCGAUACGUUCGCCGCCUCAAACUUUGUGGACUCACCGACCCCGACCUCGCCCACAUAAGUCGCCUCUUUGCUGCGACAGAACGCCUCGAACACCUCUACUUCGACGACCUCGGACACUUUCAGAGUCCGCAGUGCGGCUUGGUCCCACUGGGCGCCAUGGGCCGCCUCGAGCAGGUGGUCUUCCUUGGAACGGGGCCGUGGGCCGUCCAGCAACUCCCGAUGGUCCUGGCCGCCCCAAACCUCACCUCCCUCUGCUUCGAGCUCACCAACUCCUGUGGUGUGGCCCUCCUGCGGCGCUGGUUAUGCCGCACAUGGCUCCCGGAGUCCCCUCCCCUUGCGGAACUCCGCAUCUCAGGCUGCAUCGGCGUUCCUGCAGAAAGCGCCAAGCGCCUGGGAGAAGUCCCCUUGGUAUCCCUGGGCGAGGUCUGCUUACCGCUCGUCAAAACGAACGACGCUCGGCUCCUCGCCCCCCUUGUGGCGCGGUGGAGUGAGCCGACGCCGGCGGGCAAUUCGGACGACGCGAGGCAGAUGUGGGCCUUCCUGUUGCAGGGAAAUCCGCGCCUGCGCUCCCUGGAGAUCACCGUCACAGAGGGAAAGUGCAAGCCUGUCAUCUACAAGUCGGCACUGCUGGAUGCACUCCGGUCGACAGCGCUGGAGCACCUCAAUGUCUUCUUUUUGGCGGGCUGCGGGCAUCCCAUGGGAUGGGGAGAGGGGUGUCCCGAGAGAGAGAGGAAAUUCCUCGAGGCCGUGGCCUCAUUCCCUGAGGAGUUCGCGACGAGCCUGCCCACGCUGCGCGCCAUUGCGAUGUCUUGGCCCCGAGCUGGAGCGGCCGACUUCACGCACCGGAAGGACUGGGAGGAGGAUGCGAAGUAUGGACCAAUGCGCGUUGAGCGGUGGUGGCGGGUUGACAGCGUUGGGACAAGGCGGACGGCGGUCGAGAUCGGGCGUGAAGAAGGCAACCGCUUGCGCGAGCUUAUCCAACGGGGGGGCACCCAUUGA